AUGGCCCAACAACGGAACGACGACAAUGUGAUGCGGAAGAAGCUAGUGGUCAUUGGCGACGGUGCAUGUAGAAAAACAAGUCUGCUGAGUGUCUUCACUCUCGGUUGCUUUCCAACACGCCAUAUGCCUACUGUAUUUGAAAAUUACGUGGCUGAUUGCCGGGUAGACGGCCGUGCGGUUCAAAUGGCUCUUUGGGAUACAGCUGGACAGGAAGAUUAUGAGCGGUUGCGACCACUGGCAUACUCGAAAGCCCACGUCCUCCUUAUUGGGUUCUCUGUGGACGCACCAGAUUCUCUGGAGAAUGUCAAGCACAAGUGGAUUGAAGAAGCCAACGAACGAUGUCCUAGCGUGCCGAUUAUCCUGGUAGGUCUGAAAAAGGAUAUUAGGAAAGAUUCUGUUGCCAUUGAAGAGAUGCACAAGAAGUCGCUCAGAUUUGUGACGACCAAAGAAGGAAACGACAUGGGUCCCCAAAUCGGCGCCCGUGAAUAUCUCGAGUGCUCAUCAUUUACAGGUGAGGGCAUCGACGACGUGUUUGAAGCAGCCACCCGAGCCGCACUGAUAGUCUCGGAUAAGCGGAAAAGCUCCUGCUGCGUGGUUCUGUAG